AUGAGCCCGCUGACCCACUUUAGCUCGCCAGCCUUCCUCACAGACUUCACGCCGAAAAACGCAAAGCGUUGGUCCACCGAAUACGUCAGCGCUCAGAUAACGGCACAAGUCGAAAGGCCGGAAAUCUCGCAAUUCUACAAUGAGCUCACAAGUAGCUGGACAGAGACGCCAACACAGGCAUCCAUCACCUGGGUGGCCUUCCCCAACAACGUCGCGAUCUCCGAGGGGAGCGAUAGGGCAAGAUGGAGGAGGGCGGACCUAAGAGGCGUACAGGAUGAGUAUUGUGAAUGGACCGUGCAGCGCAACGAGAAGAACGAGAUUGUCCGGGUUGUGUUUACGGCCGAAGGCCCAGAGUACUGGGAUCGCCUGGCGGAAAUGCAGCCGGAAGCUGUCCUCGACCUGUACAGAAAGCAUAACCCCGGCUUCGACAUCAAGAAGAAAGAUCUUUUCCCAAACGGCAAGUACACUCGAUACAACAAAUGGAACGACUCGUCGGUCCCCGGCUGCAUCAUGCACUUAGCCCACAGAAACAACACGCUGGGGGCCCAGUUCAAACUCGCCGCAGAUUCCACUGUCCUCCGCAUCGAUGCCGCCGGUAGACCAAUCAGAGAUGCCGACCGUCUCAUCCGAUGCAGUCGGCUCGGUGGUCCUGACAGGAACUCUGAUCCACAUAUCGGGAUCAAGAUCAACGACCUUGCCCAUCUCGGGGCACUCAUAACGGUUGCGGACCCCGUUGGGCUCUACCUCCACUCCUUUGACGGCAACACCUUCCACGCGCCCGAUGGCGCCAACGUCAACGACUUUUGGACCUGGACGCGGGGCACGCCUGCCUGCGAGGGGCACGAGGCAUACUGGCUGCGCGCAGUAUUCGAGGUGCCAGAUGAGAAGGGCUACGUCGUCGGUGACAUUGAGGACCAGAACGGAAACCGCAUCCAGUGGGGGAGCCAACUGGCCGAUCAUAUCCAGGUGCGGAUAACGGGGCAGAUAAUCCGGCCUGGGCUACACACAGCGGAGGCCCAGCAUUGCCUUACCGACCCAGUGGCCAUGUCCAUGCCGGAGACGAAGGCGAUGGCGGCAGCUGUGGAGAUUGGGGAUGGGUCGUUGGAGAAAGAUGAGGAGGGGGAGGUGUGCGAUAGAGUUCAUGGCAUCGAGGACCCUGGGUUCUGCUGUUAUUGA